AUCACCCACAGCACAUCUCCCUGACUGAGGGAGUGAACGAGGGAGUUGUCGACUUGGCCUGGUUUCAAACGUCACAUCUCCCAUCUAACUGGCUCUGCUAGCCCAGGCGUCAUUAUUUGCUGUUUCGGCGUUCGUCCUCAGUGUAGGUCAACAGACGGAUACAGGAAUCAUGUCUGCCUUUCUGCACCACUGCCCCUUCCUGAAGUCUGCCUCACGCCCCUUCAUGCGCAGUGCAGGCACAGCUCUCUUCUCCAUGGCCGACCGAUGCCCCAUCAUCGCCCGCAACAUCAGCACCACGACUGUGCAGUCGGGCACACUCCGCUCACCUGAGAAAGCUCCAUCUCCAGUAUCUGUGGCCCAGAGGCGCUUGAUGUCCCAGGCAGCGACGCAGGUGGCCGUGGCCGUGUCCAAGACUUGCCCCUUCGUUUCCUCCCAGCUGAGUGUGGUGAAGGCCAGCGAGGAGGUGCAGGAAGAUGUGCUGCGCAAGGCCCUGACCAGCACAGAGAGGGUGAGCACCCUUCAGGCUAGUCUUGAAGAUCCCUCCCCUGUGGCACGUCAGAACCUGGCUACCUCCCAUCUCCUCAAAGAUAACAUGGCAAACCCCAGCUUUGACUAUGACACUUUCUUUGAGGAGAGAAUUCUGGAGAAGAAGAGUGAUCACACCUACCGCGUGUUCAAGACUGUGAACCGGCACGCGGACAUCUUCCCCUUUGCAGAUGACUACUCUGUGGUGGGACGCCAGAGGGGGAGCCCCGUGUCCGUGUGGUGCAGCAAUGACUACCUCGGAAUGAGCCGCCAUCCCAGGGUCAUACAGGCCAUACAAGAUGCUCUGGAGAAGCAUGGUGCUGGAGCAGGGGGCACCCGAAACAUCUCAGGCACCAGUAACUACCACGUGAUGCUGGAGCAGGAGCUCGCCCACCUCCACCAGAAAGAUGGAGCUCUGGUCUUCUCGUCCUGUUUUGUGGCCAACGACUCCACCCUCUUCACACUCGCCAAAAUGCUCCCUGGUUGUGAGAUAUACUCUGACAUGGGGAACCACGCCUCCAUGAUCCAGGGCAUAAGGAACAGCAAGGCCAAGCGCUUCAUCUUCCGCCAUAACGACCCCAAACACCUGGAGGAGCUGCUCAGCAAAGCCGACCCCAAAACACCAAAGAUUGUGGCCUUCGAGACAGUGCACUCCAUGGACGGUGCCAUCUGUCCUCUGGAGGAGCUGUGUGAUGUGGCCCAUAAGUAUGGCGCUCUGACCUUCGUAGAUGAGGUGCACGCUGUGGGCCUCUAUGGAGCCCAUGGGGCUGGAGUGGGGGAGAGGGACGGAAUCAUGCACAAGAUCGACAUCGUCUCUGGAACACUGGGGAAGGCGUUUGGCUGUGUGGGAGGCUACAUCGCCAGCAGCGCCGCCCUGGUGGACACGGUGCGCUCCUACGCGGCGGGCUUCAUCUUCACCACCUCUCUGCCGCCCAUGGUGCUGGCGGGGGCACUAGAGUCGGUGCGCGUGCUGCAGAGCGACGAGGGCCAGCAGCUGCGCCGCGCCCACCAGCGCAACGUCAAGCACAUGCGCCAGCUGCUCAUGGACGCUGGCCUGCCCGUCAUCAACUGCCCCAGCCACAUCAUCCCCAUACGGGUGGGCAAUGCCGAGCUGAACUCCAACGUUUGUGACAUCCUGCUGGAGCGCCACAACAUCUAUGUGCAGGCCAUCAACUACCCCACCGUGGCCCGCGGACAGGAGCUGCUGAGGCUGGCCCCCUCCCCCUUCCACGAACCCGCCAUGAUGGACUUCUUCACUGAGCGUCUGCUGGAGGUGUGGAAGGAGGUGGGCUUACCCCUGAACAGCCCGGCCACCGCUUCCUGCAGCUUCUGCGACCGACCCCUACACUUUGACCUCAUGAGCGAAUGGGAGAAGUCCUACUUUGGCGCCAUGGAUCAGUACAUCACUGUCUCUGCAUAGCACACACUAUACACGCACACACACACACACACACGCAUGCACGCACACACACACACACGCACAAACAUGCUCUCUCUCUCUCUCUCUCUCUUACUCCCAUACACACACACACACACACACACACACACACACACACACACACACACACACACACACACACACACACACACACACACACACACACACACACACACACACACACAGGGGAAGACUAGGACAAAGGGAAAAAGACCAUUCACUCUUUCCAUGAGUAACUUUAUAUGCAAGUUUUGCAUGUUUUUCGUGAUGUUACACCAGCCAGUCAAUGUUUCUGCUCUGGUAUAUAGGUUUACAUGUCACCUCACAGCUAAGAUUGUCAGAAGUGUAAAUGACCAGUGUUAACCUGACUCAUGCCAGAUGAAUGCAGUUCCACCAAGGUCCACAUGGUGUCCUAUAAGAUGAUGUCAAACGUGUUCCAUUUGGAAGGGAAGUGGGCAUAAACUACUACUUUCACUCAGAAAAUCAUAGAAAACAGUGGUGUAGAUUUUUCUGAUGUGUCUGACAUCAUGAACAAAGGCCCAUAUUACAGUGUGCUGUGUAGGUUACAAAUCACAGGUGCUGAAACUCUAAACGUGUACUACAAAAGGUGGUGAGCACAACUCUAUUAAAAACACAUCAUUUCGUGUACUUUAUGCCAUUAUCAAUACCAUGCCAUAAAUGCAUUCCUCAAUGUAUUAAUGCUUGUACAAGAGGCAAUGUGUACAGUGUAUGCAAGUAAAUACAGUAUUUAGCUUUCCUUGCUUUCGUUUCACACACAUCUUUAUACCUAGCCGGUCUAUCACCAGACUAUAUCACUGUAUAGUCAGACUACCAGACUACAAGUGUCUGUUUGUCUAAUAAUACAUUUGUCUUGCCUUCCCUCCCUAUUCUGUGGUUGGGAUUCCCAAACUGAAGAUUUGGGCCAGGGUUUCCACGCUGUCCUUCAGAGCGUUAGGAGUGCACAAGCCGAAAUGCAAAUUCCCAGGCAGCUACCAUACCUGCACAUGAGCACUUUCAUUGCUCGAGACAUUAAGGGUCCAAAAUUACUUUGCUAUUCAUUUUUUUGUAAAUUGACUUCUGCUACAACUAUAUCUUUCUCAGUUUCCCCCGUCAAACUGUGAAGCAUGUUCAUAAUCAAAAAUGGCUCAGUUUUUAAAAUAUGACGUGUCUGAAAUGUUUAUUUUGUUUUAAUUUACUUUACUUUACUGCUUUUAAUUUUUUUGUUAUGUAAGGCAAUUAAAGAAUUGUAUUUUUUAUAGUAAUUUAAUAUUAAGAAAUAUGUCUGCUCCCUUUCACUAUUGUACCACUGCUUAUACACGAAUAUGAUGUGUUGUUAAUGGAGAAGAAUGUACAAAAAAAUAUGAAUUAAAGGGAUUGGACAGACAUUCUA